ACUGCUUAUUGACGGCGAAAACAGCUGAUUGGGCUAUUGUGUGAAAAUAGUUUUUACCAGCGGACGUACAUUUAUAUUUUUUUAAAUAUGCAGAAGAAAAGGGUCCGCGUAAACAAUAUACUGGACAAAUUGCAUCGAGGCGUAGUCUAUAGUUGUAUUGGUGUCACACUUUAUGGAACAUUCCUGUUAGGAUUGCGGGUGCAUCGAUACCUGACUGUUGUUCGCCCACAGCGGCAGGCGGAUGAGCUACAGAAGAUUGAUGAUGGCCAACUCGAUAAAGCGAAAACCAUUACUUCAUAGGAUCUGUUUGAUUUUGUUUGAAUAAGUGUGCAAAAUGCUAAUAAUAACGUUGUUUAAGAUAUGUACAAUAUGCAUUUUAAUUUACCAUUUCUGAAGCGUGACUUUUAGUGCAGGAAUAAAUGGUCGAUUGUUAUUUAAUGAUGUAAUCAACCGAUUACUUUUGGCA